AUGCUUGGAGCAUGCUCCUUCUGUGAACCAGUGGGUUCAAGUGACCCCAGCAAACUGGUCCAUGCCUCCUUCAUCCAGGAACAGAAGACCUGGAGUCUCCUCUCCCUGCUUUUCUCUUUUCGUCAGAAGGAACAGGAACCAGUUGAAGACCUGAGAAAGGAUGGCCAGUACAUCAGUGAUAGGGAGAUUGCAGAGCACUUCCUUGCAUCUCAUCCUGAAAUUGAGGAACAACAUCUCCUGCUUCGGUGGUUAGAAAGCAAUGCCAAGGAUGACUAUCAGGGAUUCUACAAGAACAUGAAGGUGUACUUCAGUGCCACAGCUGAACCACCUGACCACAAAAGGAUUCCAUUGAGUCAAAAAGAUAAACCUCAACUUAUGCACAGCCUUGAUCCUGCUGAUUUUGAGCAGUUCACCCGGACUCUGUUUGUUUUGAUUCGAUGUGGCCUGAUUGAAGAAGCAAAAGACAUGUGUCUGGAUGUAGGUGACCCAGUUCGUGCUGUGAACUUAGAAGGUUGGAAAUAUCACCAUGAUGGAAGAUAUCGUGAUGAAAAUUCCACUGACAUUGAGGGCAAUCCUAUGAGAGACUUCUUUAUUGAGCUGUGCUUAGCAGCAAGCAAAGAGCGAGCUAUGCCUUUGUAUGAGAGGGCUGUGAAUGCAUCAUUCUGUGGCAACCUGGAUGUUUUGCUGGAGGUGAGCAAGACAUGGGAGGAUGCCCUCUGGUCUUACCUCAAGACAGCCAUCCUCAGCCGCAUCGAGAUGGAAGUGCGGAAUCUGAGCUGCAGCCUUAGGCCACUUCUUCCCUUGCCUCCUGAACUUCGAGAGACAAGGUUAGAUUUGAAGAACAUAUUCCUUGCCAUUGAGUCUUCACCAGCCCAUGACAUUUCGGUUGAGGCAAAGCAUUUCAUGAGGCAACUGCAGAAGUCCAUGAUCCUUAACGACCCAGAUGUUCUUCUGGACACCCUGCGUGCAGCAGUUCAUGGUGCAUCUCCAUCCAUCCAGCUUUUGAGAUUCGCUACCCACACACUCUUAUGUCUGAAAGCAUUGGGUCAGAUACAAUUCAAUGAUCAACGCCUGAUUGAUGUCUUGGAAGCAUAUGUCAAAGCACUGAUUGAGGAAGGGAAGUUUAUGAUGGUUCCCUGGUACCUGACACACCUUCCUUCAGUAGAACUCCGCUCCCAUUGGUUGGCUCUCCUCCUCCAACAUACUUCUGAUCCCAAGAUCAGAGAAGAGUGCAUCAAUCUUGCCAAAGAGGAAGGCCUUGACAUCCAGGAAGCCUCUGUCAUGGCAGUCCAAAGUAUCAGAGUCAAGGUUUCCAAGCCUGAGGAGCUGGCAUCAAGGGCUGUGACAGAAAGUGACAAGGAGAAAGUGGAAUCUCUGAAUCUCCUACUAUAUGAAGAUAGCCAGAGGGCAGAUGCCUUGAGGGAAGGGAAUGCCCUUACUAGAGGAUUUCUCCUCGUGCAGAAGAUGCAGGCUGUACGCCUUCUUCUCCAGCAAUGUAUGUCCAACUGGAAGUAUUUCUCUUCCUCUUAUCAUAUGUUGCGACUGGGUAGUCAUGGAACACAUGUGGCAACUAUAGCUGCAGGACACUUCCCCAAUGAGCCAGAAAAGGAUGGCAUUGCACCUGGAGCACAGAUUGUGUCUGUGACUAUUGGAGAUGGUCGUCUUGGUUCCAUGGAAACUGGAGCUGCCAUCGUUCGAGCCAUGCUUCGGGUCAUGGAGCAUUACAAAUACAAAGUUGAUGUCAUCAACAUGAGUUAUGGAGAGCAUACUCACUUUGCACAUUCAGGGAGGAUUGGAGAGCUGGUGAAGGAUGUGGUGUACAAGGAAGGGGUCCUUUGGGUUUCUUCUGCCGGGAACCAUGGUCCAGCUCUUGGGACAGUGGGAGCACCCCCUGAUCUCUGUACUUCUGCCAUCAUAGGUGUGGGUGCCUUUGUUUUUCCGGAGAUGAUGGUUGCAGGGAGGAUUGGAGAGCUGGUGAAGGAUGUUGUGUACAAGGAAGGGGUCCUUUGGGUUUCUUCCGCCGGGAACCAUGGUCCAGCUCUUGGGACAGUGGGAGCACCCCCUGAUCUCUGUACUUCUGCCAUCAUUGGUCCAACCUUUGAUGGAGCCAGAGGAGUGACAAUUUGUGCCCCAGGGGGAGCUAUUGCAUCUGUGCCAAAUUUCAUGUUGAAGGGAUCCCAGCUGAUGAAUGGCACAAGUAUGGCCGCACCACAUGCGGCUGGAGUCUUUUGUCUCUUGAUAUCAGCCAUGAAGCAGAACAAUUAUCCAUAUUCCCGCUGCUCGGACGCAUCUAGCCGCCUCUUGUGCCGGGACAUGAAGGUUUUAGUACUUCGGAAACGGGUCCCAAAACCCGAGUAA